GGGCAAAAGAUCAAAAAAACCUAGCCAAUAAGACACCUGUCAAUCAAAAAAAUUUACUCUUCAAGUUUUCAAAGUUCUAAAUUCAUAAGUCUUGUUCUAUGAUUUCGUUCAGGUUCAGUUCUUAGGACCUGUAUAGCCAUUCUGCAAAAUGUGGCACGAAGCCAGAAGGCAGGAACGCAAAAUCAAGGGGAUGUUAGUUGACUACCGGAAACGAGCGGAGAGACGACGUGAUUUCUAUGAAAAAAUCAAAGCAGAUCCAACGCAAUUCCUGCAAGUGCAUGGCAGACAAUGCAAAGUUCACCUCGACCCAGUGAUUGCAGCUGCCGCUGACAGUGCUGUAAUGAUGCCCUGGCAGGGCAACGAGAACAACCUGAUCGACAGAUUUGAUGUUAGAGCCCACCUCGACCACAUACCUCCGGUUCGGAAGGACGAAGACAAUGAUACCAGUCAAGAAGAGAGACAAUUAAACUAUGAAAGAUACAGAAUUAUAGCCCAAAAUGCUUACCUAAGUAUAUCGGAGGAAAAAUUCCUCAAGCAGCUUCACUUGGAGGAGCAGUUUGGCUAUACAGAAACUAGAGUUAAAAAGGAACCCAAAGGAACAGGGGCUGCAAUUGGCUUUAACUAUGAAGAAGGAACAGCAAUAAAUCUUCCUGCUCCAUCGGAGUCUCCUCCUCAAGACAAUUUUGACGAUGAAAAUUCGGACAGUGAUUUGGAUGUGGACCUGGCUAUAAAUGUAUCAAAAAUCGACUCGGCGCAAGCCCACGACAUGAACAAACACGGUCAGCAGUUUGGCAUGUCUGGAAACGAUUUUUACUCGUUCCUCACCAAUGACCUGGAAGAAGCCGAAAGCUACAAGCUGGCCAAAGAGGAGGAGCACGAGAAGGCAUUGUACUCUGGCCGAAAAUCUCGCCGGGAACGAAGAGCUCACAGAGAAAAGCGGCUGGCAAAUCGGAAAAUAAGUCCUCCGAGUUAUGCGGCCAAAGAAUCUCCAACAAAUCCUUCGUUUCGCGACGAAAGCAAGUCGCCGUCCCGAUCGCCGUCCCGAUCGCCGUCUCCUGAUGCAGGAAAAAUCACCUAUAUAACAUCAUUCGGAGAUGAAGAAGAACCUGAGUUUAACUACCGAUUGUCUUAUGCGGAAAUGGUUAAAUAUGGCAAGGCAAAACCUGGAAGCUCCAAGCCAAAGCCAAGGGAUAUACGCAAUUCAUUUGACGGCAAGAAAUCUAGAACCAACUCGAGACGAUCCAGAAGUAGAUCUAAAAUUCGACGCUCCAGGAGUAGAAAUCGAUAUUCCAGAUCUAGCAGCAGAUCAAGAAGAUCACGACCAUCUGCGUUUUCAAGAGAUCGCGUCCGAGUAUCCCCACCUUCAAAGCGUCGUAGAUCGAGAUCACGCUCUUCAGCAGUAAGGAAAUGUCGCAGUGUAUCGAGAAGUAGGUCCAAUUCAUUGAGGGUGUCAAAGCCGAGUUGCUCUAGAAGCAGAUCAUCGUCUCGGAGACACAGUAGAGGAAAAUCAAAUAAAAGUCGCUCUCACAGCAAGUCCAGGCUCAGGUCAAGAAGUAGAUCUAAAGAAAGAUCCGAGUCGUCAAGAUCUUCAUCCUCUUUAUCAAGCAGUAGCGCGUCUAAGAAGUCAAAAUCUCCAUCUAAAUCGACAUCACCUGCCCCUGUUAAGAGCGAACCCGAUAGUAAAAGUCCAGAAGCCCCGGCACCUCCAAGAAUCAGAUAUUAUGGCAGGAAAACCAGCGAUAUGAGUUCGUCAGAAUCUAGCAGUAGUGAUAACGAUGGAAAUAGAGACUUGCCGAGCACCAGCGACUCUAACAGAUUUGGUAAUAAUUCAGGCACCAUGUCCAAAAAGUCUUCCACACUGACUGUUAUAGAACGACUUAGACUGAAACGCCAGGCUUUGAUUAACAGGCAAUUUAAAAAGGACAAAAUAGCGGAAGUCCAAAAGAUUUUGCGCGAAAAGCAAGCUCAACAGACUAGGGAAGAUGAGCUUCGGGAAAUGGCCAUCAAGCUGAGGAGAAGGCAAAGAGAGCUGCGUCAUGCUUACGAUCGAAGCUCAUCUUCGGAUUCGGAAAAGAGCGACUCGUCAAAGAAAAGAGAAGUGAGCACUUCACCGAUGAGCAAAGAAAAGGAGAGAAGGAGAAGCAGGAGCCGGGAUCGAUCUAGGCGAAAUAGAGAAGUAAACAAGAAGAGCAAGCGAUCUCGAUCUUCAUCGCCCUCAUCAAGGAGGACUGAUAGGCACCGUGAUAAACGAGGCAGAUCGCCAGAUGCGAAGGACACUGCCAGAAAGUUGGUAGACUACUAACAAUUUUUUUUUACUUUUAUAAAUAACUACGUUGCCUCAGAGGUAAGCGCAUUAUUAAUGUGGGAUGGGAUUUUCCAUGCAGACAGACUUGAUUUUCAAAUGCAUUAAAUGUUUCAGGGAAUUUUCAAUUCGGUGUUAUUCAAAUUUUUAUAAAUUUCAUGCACUGGAAGUGACAUAUUUGGUUUAAUCGUUGAAGUAUAAUUUAGGUCAUGUAUUUAGUCAGUAUUUGAUUAUUCAUUAUGGUAAUUUAUUUUAACUUGGAGGCCAAUGUGUAACUGUUCAUUGGAAUUAAACAAAUAAAACUGA